UUUCCUACUAUAAAUUUGUGAAAGCAAUGAGUAGGGUCGAAUCCCCAAAAAUUGGGUUCAAAUAAUUUCUUUUAAAAAGUAGAAGUGGAAAGAGGAUUGAUUAAAAUUCUAGAUCUAAAAUUAAAGAGACAAAAAUAAUUUUUCAAAGAGGAGUAAAUAUGAGAGAAAUAUUCCAGUUAAAGACAUGAUCAUGCUUAAUUACACGGCCGAUCAUAGAUGCAAGGAUGACAAUCAUUCAUGAUAGAUAAGUUGGUUAUGAUUAUUGGUAUGACCUAACAACCUUACAUUUCCUUACCUUAUCGAUAGUCAAAGAACAUCCUUUGACUAAAUUCCUAAUCAACAAACAAAUUUGGGAACAUUCUCAAAAUAAUUUUGAAACUAUUUUUUAUUUUAAUUUUUUAAUAUUCAAAUUUAAAAGAAGAAAGAAGGGUAAGAAAGGUGUAUUGUUUUAUAAUAUUCAAAUUUAAAAAUUAAUUUUGUCAUCAUAUAUAGUUAUUAUUAUUUGCAAGUGGUGUGUAAUGAUUGACAGGCUGUUGACCAAGUAAAUAUUGAGCUACAUAUUAAUGUGUGUGGGUUUAUAUAUAUAUAUAUAUAUAUAUAGUUCUUGAGCAUACAAAUUCUGACUGUUGCACACUAAUUUUCUUCUUGUGAGGAGAGAAAUCAGACUACAUGGCUUACAACCUUGAAUCCCUCGUGAAAAUCCUAGAGCAGAUCCUGCACCAUGAUCAUUCCCAAAGUUGGAUUCUUGAUCCUAACAAGAGACCACAAAUCGCAUCCCUCUUACAAAAGGUCUGUUUCUUGAAAGACUUGGUCGAGAAUUCUUCUUCAGCAGUCACUAGUUGUCGGAAACAAAGAUUAGAGAGUCGAAUUAGAGAUGCUGCACAGGGUGCAGAAGAUAUUCUUGAAUCCAAGCUCACGGAGCUAUUUCUUUCAAUUCGGGAAGGUGAGAGCUUCAUUUUCUCGCCUCCGGAUUUGGAGAAAGUAAUUGAAGAAGUUGAUACUAUAAAGAAAGAGAUGAUGACAAUGAUGGACGGCAAUCACAAGGCAGAUACUUCAUCAGCAGCUCUCUCAUCAUCAAGGCAGGAUCCAAAUCCAAACAACAUCAUUGUGGGAGUUGCUCAAGACUUGAUUCAAUUGAAGGAUCGGCUCUUUGGGCAACCAUCCAAAGCUCUCCAGGUCAUCGCCAUUGUUGGCAUGGGAGGCAUUGGUAAGACUGCUUUGGCGCGGAAUCUUUAUGAUGAUCCAUCUGUUAUUUCCCACUUUGAUGCUUGUGCAUGGGCUACAAUUUCACAAGACUAUAGCAUGGAAAAACUACAAGAAAUUCUUCUAGGCCUCCUCGAUUGUUUGAUUGGAAAACCAGAAGAUGAAAUGCUUGAAGAGACAAAUGAUGAAUUAGCUUUGCGUUUGCAUCAAGCAUUGAUAGGUCGAAGAUAUCUUAUCAUUUUAGAUGAUAUGUGGGACGUUAAGCUGUGGGAUGAUAUAAGAAGGUUCUUUCCGGAUCAAAGCAAUGGAAGCCGGAUCAUUGUCACCACUAGGGAAUUGGGUGUGGCUGAUUACACCGGCACAGAGAGCUUGCAUCACCAAAUGAAUCUUCUUAAAGAUGAUGAAAGCUGGAAUCUCCUUCGUCAAAAGGUGUUUGCAUCAGAAGAAACUUGUCCCCCUGAAUUGGAAAAGGUUGGGAAAAAAAUUGCAAAAGACUGCAGAGGACUUCCUCUGGCAAUCCAUGUGAUUGGUGGAAUUCUAUCUCAGGCAAAGACAAGCCAAGAUUUCUGGGAUCAAGUUUCAGAUAAUGUAAGCUCAACUGUAGCUGACAAGGGUGAACAAUUCUCCAAUAUAUUAUCUUUGAGUUACAAUUAUUUGCCAGACCAUCUUAGGCCAUGUUUUCUCUACAUGGGCGCUUUUCCAGAAGAUUAUGAGAUUCGUACCUCCAGACUCAUCAAAUUAUGGGCGGCAGAGGGAUUUGUGAGACCAAUUCCAAAUAAAAGCUUGGAAGAGGCUGCGAAGAUGCACCUAAAGGCUCUCGUUGACAGAAAUCUUCUUUUUGUCCGCCGGCAAGAGACUAAAGAGAAUGUGAAAAGCUACAGCAUACAUGAUCUCUUGAGGGAUCUAUGUGUGAGGAAAGCUCAUCAAGAGAAGUUUCUUGUCGUUCAUGGAUGGACACCUGGUAAUCUCCCAAUAAACACAUCAUAUUUGUGUCGUGUGUGCACUCAUGGGCCUUUUAGCAGUGACGAUGCUUAUAUAUCAACGGAACAAAUUAGGCUUGCCCGUUCAUGGCUCGAUUUUGGUCCUGUAAAUUGGAAGAUACUGUCUGAAUCGAGAUUGCUGCGGGUAUUGGAUAUAUUAUGGAUAAGCCUCCUUGAAUUCCCCGAAGAAAUACUACAACUAAUCAACUUAAGGUACCUUGCUUUUUCCUCUGCCAAAGGCUUACCUUCUUCAAUAUCCAGACUGUUGAAUCUACAAACCUUAAUUGCUCAAAGAAGUACAAACUCGCGUUGGCCACGUGAUAUCGCGCCUGGAAUAUUAUACAUGACACAACUAAGACACAUCAAGUUCAAGCGAACUCAUGUCCGGUUCUUAGACAAAGAUAACUUGGCCAGCUUUGUUCUCCAAGACAAACUCCAAACGCUGUCUACCAUAGCACUCUCUGAAAUCAAUCAUUGGUUCCUUGACAAGAUCCCAAACUUACAGAAACUGGGAGUUAUUUGUGACGAAAUACAAGAUACUGAAAAAGAUCUAUCCCGUCUUCAUAAACUCCACACACUCAAACUUAGCAGCACCAGAUUUCAGUUCACCUUCAAUGUAAUUUUUCCGCCUUACCUCAAAAAGUUGACUCUGAAACGUUGUACAGUUCUGGAUCAUCAUUUGAAUGCAAUUGGGAAGUUGCUCAAUCUCGAAAUUCUUAAACUACAAGAAUGUAAGUUCAAAAGCUUAAGGUGGGAGCCAAAUGAAGGGGAGUUUUGCCAGCUACAAUUUUUGCGUAUGGACCUUGUGGAUCUGGUAAACUGGGUAGUCGAUGACACCAAUUUCCCAAGACUUGAUCACCUGGUUAUCCGAGGAUGCCGUCAUCUUGAGGAAAUCCCUCUUGCUAUAGGAGAUAUUCCAACACUCAAAGUAAUCGAGGUGGACAAUUCCAGCCCUUCUGUACUGGCUUCUGCAAGAGAAAUACAGCAGGCACAACUCGACAGUGGCAAUGAUCUUGAAGUUCGUUUAGGCACUUCCAUGGAGAUAUAAUCAUGUGUUCCAUCUUGUGGUUUUCUUUUUUUAAUUUCUAGAAUAAAAAUUAUAUUGAAUUUAAGAAAAAAAAAAACCAAAUCAAAUUUGGUUAAAUUAAAUCAAUUACAGAAUAUAUAUACCUUUUAUGUGUUUUGGUUGAUAUGCCUUUU